CCACAGUAAUUCAUGUUUCUGUAAAUCAGUUUUACCGCGCCGCGCCUCUGUCGAAGCAAAGUAUGAUAUGCUGAGAUAGUCGAGGAAAACCUAAAGUUGAUUAAUUUAAUUAUUGCGUUUCGCUGUGGAUUUCGUUUCUUUUUUUAACUUUGAUAUCUCGCACACAGUCUUUCUUUGUUUAUUUGAUUUGCUUGUUGUUUACUCUUGAGACAAUUAUGUCUUUUUCAAAGCUUGAUUUUCUGCCCCAAAUUCCACUUUCAUGAGCCUCCUAUUUUUUAACCAAAUCUUGUGUUGCAAUCUGCCACGAUAUUGCUACCUAACAAGCAUUGAUUUUCUAAUCUCUUUCUUCCAGAUUUGAGGAGCAUAUCGAUUCUCUUGAAGUGAGGGAUCCGGGCCUGGAAACUUUGGCAGAAUGAGUGAAUUAAUCGGUCCUCGGUUGUACAGCUGUUACAAAUGCCGGAAUCAUGUUUCCCUUCACGAUGACAUAAUCUCUAAGGCAUUUCAGGGAAGACAUGGCAGGGCCUUUUUAUUCUCUCAUGCGAUGAACAUUGUUAUCGGGGCCAAAGAAGACAGGCAUCUCAUGACGGGCCUCCAUACAGUCGCUGACAUCGCCUGUGAAGACUGCAACGAGGUGUUGGGCUGGAAAUAUGUCCGGGCUUAUGAGGCAUCACAGAAAUACAAGGAAGGUAAAUUCAUAUUAGAGAAGGCGAAAAUUGUGAAGGAGAACUGGUAGCUCUUUGUGGUUAGCCAUUUGUGGAUGCGAAUGAUCCAUGCCGUAGAUGGAGUUCAUUUGUUGGAGUCACUCUCUUGUACAGUCGUCGUGGAAGUUAUAGGAACAGCUUGGAUUAUAAGCCUCGGUUCUUCCAAAGUCUUCCGGUAACCUGAAGUUCUAUCGAUUCAAGCAGUUUGUUAGUUGAACUUAAAACAUAUAUAUAUGUGGCUGCCUCUUUGUUGUGAGAUUGUGGAAUUCACAAUCUUUCAGUCGAUUUGAAUUUGUUUGUGAAUUUAUUUCUUUAAUUGGAAUCAAAUUUUUAAGUUUCAAAUGUUA